UCGAUGUAAAUAUACCAUUCUCAUCCUUUGGAAAUACACACAUCUAGGUACUUGGUAGUAUUUUUGCCGCGCAAUUCCCACUAUCGGACCGCCGGGACCGGGGCCGAGACGUAGGAUCACCGCUCACAACCAUCACAAUCGCCAGUUCCUUCAUCUUCCUGCUGCUGAUCCACGACCUAUGUAUAUCAUCCGAAAUAGUCCGGAAUCCAUUGCCAACCUCGAUUUCUGCUGGCCAGUCCUUCGUGGUCUUCGAUUCGUCGUCCAAAUCAUGAAGCAUGUGUGCAUCAGGACUACUGGACUUCCUCCUCACGUUGCCUGCACCGUGACCCCGCUCGCCAGACGCUCAUCGGACUCCGCUUUUCCAUCCUGAUCACCUUCUGCAUGUGUUUAUGAGGCCCUGAUGUGCAUACGCACGACUGGUUGCUGGGGAAGACAGACGAUCCUGUCAAUGUUGAUAUCACGACCAACCUGUGACCGAGAAUUCGCAUGCGGUGAUGGACUUCUGCUCUUUCCGAGGCUUACAAGUUACGGGAUCCGCGUGGAUUUAAUAAGAGACGCGCAGGGUCACGGUAUUCAUUCGUUCCAUUCAUCUGCUGAGCAGCUGCGCUUUCUUGUUUAUUUCUCCCCUGCUUCCCUCUUUAUUCAUUCGACAACCGAUCCUUUCUUUGCAAAGAUGCGCCAGACUUCUUUCCUUCUCUCCUUCGCUGCUUUCGCAUCGGUCAACGCUUUGCCGCGCGGAUACGCACCCCCCGCUGAACGGUCUUCGAUUAACGCACUUGACGAUGUUCUUGUCUUUGAUGCCCCGGCCUUCGAUGACCCAGCCAACCCCGGAAACACACUCGUUCAGCUGCAAGCCUACGCGUCGACGCGCGAGGUCAGCAUCUCUCCGCUCAUCGAUGGCGUCACGAGCGCCCUGAAGGCGAUCGGGCUCAACGUCAGCUCGAGCACGGCGGACACCGUCACGGGCCGGCUCGCGCUGUUUGCCACGCUCGGGCUUUCGGGCAAAGCGGUGACUGUCAACGUAGACGGAUGUGCGCAGCCGGCGACGCUUCCCUCGACGGCUUCGGGGGGAAUGGCGAUCCAGAAUGUCUCCGUCGGAGCGUGUGCGAGCGGAGACGCCGCUGUGCAGGGUGAUGUCAAGCUCAGCGGAUUCUUGAACAACCGGAACGUGAACUUUACCAUGUUCCCGUCGUCGAACAGCGGAUUUGGUGUCAUCUCUGACAUUGACGACACGGUCAAGGUCUCGCACACGCUCGACAAGCUGCAACUUGCGCAAACGACGCUGAUCGACACGCCGGUGCCUGUGACGGGCAUGCCCGAGCUCUACGCGUCGCUCGCCAAGUCGCUCAACUCCCCUCAAUUCGUCUACGUCUCUGGCUCGCCGUUCCAGCUGUACCCCUUCCUGCGGGACUUCAUCUCGACGACGUACUCUGCUUCCAACGGACCGAUCAUGCUGCAGAACCUGACGACGACGAACAUCCAGGACAUCAUCAACUUUGCUCAGAGCAACGGAAUCUUUGAGUACAAGUCUGCCAUGAUCGACCGUAUCCAGGGAAUGUACCCGGGCAAGAAGUUCUUGACCAUCGGAGACUCGACGCAGAAGGAUCCCGAGACCUACGCCGAGGCCAUCCGCAAAUACGGAGACUUCAUUGCCUGCGCCUGGAUCCGACAAGUCGAUGGCGCAAACAACACUGCCGAGCGAUUCGCCGCCGCCUUCGAGGGCGUCCCGGCCACCAAGUUCAAGAUCUACACUGACGACGAGAUCCCGUCGCUCGCGAACAUUGACGUUGCAGGUGGAUCCUGCUCGUAAGCUCAGAGAGAGAUGGGUAUUGAAAGAUAGCGUAAUCCUAAUCACUUAUACCGAGUAUUGUAAUGGAUAUAGGUGCGGUUGGACGAUUUAUGGACCGUGUGGUGUGUGUGCGAUCCGGCGGACAGACUUGACACAACACGUCUCGAUCCAUAGAAGACAGCUACGGUCGAGUCAAGCUCCUGCUGAUUCAGAUCAUGCUACAAGCCAUUGAGUAUUGAUGCUUCCCUGACUCGUUUCCUCGAACCAGGACCCGCAAUCGUUCUUGUGCUUCCUCUCAUCUAGGUUAGCAUUCGUAACGGAUGCCAGAGGAGACCGUUGAGGGGACGGGGGAAGAGUGACAGAGAACGAGGCACUGCGACAUCCGUCUUGUACAUUAGACCCACAGACUGGUUGAGCAUGGCCCGUCAUCCUGUUGGCAUACAUGUCCAGGUCGAAGAUAUCAACAUACGGGACGUGGGAGUUCUCUCCAGAGCCGGGCAUAGCGAGCGGGACCGGGACCGUCUUGCCUGUCUCAGAGUGAACAGUCACCGUGGGGCAGGUGGCUGGAAGUGGGAUCGAAGGUGAGGUCACUUGCGAUGCGAAGGGAUCGCAGAACGAGCCAUCGCCAGCAGCAGAGAACAUGUCGCCUGGAGAGUAGAUGGGCAAGUCCAGUGAACAGGCGAGCUCGGGUUCAGGAUGGUCGGUCGUGUAGAUAGUCAGAACCUCCGCGAUGUCGGCAGAUUCUUCAGAGGGCGCAGGAGAGAUCUCAGGCACAGACGUCUGCUCGACUUGCAGAGGCGCUUCAGAUUUAGGCAGGAGCUCAGGACUGUGGAAGAGAUCAUCCAUGUUGACGGUCACCGAACUCCAGUCUUGCACGUAGAUCUCCGGCGGCGGGGGGUAUACUGAUGUCCUCUGCGUACGUUUGCUGCUGACACUUGAUUUCUUGCGCGAUGUCCACUGAGCUUUGAGUUUCUGUCCUUUGACCCACGCGGGGCUGGCGCUCGCCUUGAGCAGACUCGGCCGUCGUAGGAAAUCUUGCUUGUCGCGUUGCCAGGGAUCUAGUGAAAGUGGGAAAGCGAUCUGCUGAAUUUUCUUUGUCACAAAUCAAGGUAGGAUGCGCGAACCCAGUACGUGUAUCGCUGCAGCUGGAGAUCCGAAUGUGCUCGGUUCUGGAGGACGCGGCGAGGUCGUAGGUAAUGCGAUAUUGUCGUGUCGGACCGGGCGACGCAAGGAUACAAGAGAAACAAGAUACGCCCAGAGGAUACCGAGAAAAUGAGCGAGAUAGACUGUGGGGGAUUUAGACAUGGGUGUAAGAACAGAGAG